AUGAACAAUGUGAAAACAAAAGAUCAAUCAAGACAAUACCAUGAAAUCAACAUACAACAUUUACAAACUAAAUGGGAUGAGAUACAAAAAGAUGAGCGUGUUAUUUCAAGCAGAGCAGAAUAUCCUGAGAACUAUGGUUAUGAUGUUGAAGAAUUUGAAGACACGGAAACGGAGGUGCAAAACCUCAUAAUUACAUUAUCUGAAGAACUGGCCAAGCUGUCGGAAAAAAAUAAUCAAUCGCUUAGAGAUGUUGAGAAGAUGUAUUAUUUGAAUAGCAAUCUUAUGGGAGAACCACUGAAGUUAAUAGGACAUCUGGCAAUUUCAGAAGCAAAUUACAAAGUAGCAUGGAAGAUUCUUGAAGACAGAUAUGAUAACGCUCGGUUAUUAAUUUCAACUGUUUUAGAUAAAUUCAUUAAUCAACCGAGUCUAGUUGCCGGCUCAGCAAGGUCAUUAAAGUCCAUGUUUGACACAACGAAAGAAUGUAUCCUUCUGCUAAAAAAUGUAAAAGUUAUAAAAAGUGAUUCUUGGGAUCCAAUUCUUCUGCAUAUAUUGUAUAAAAAAUUAGAUAAAGAUACACAUACAAUAUACGAACAAACAUUAAAAUCUCCUAGACAAAUUCAGUCUUUAGAUGAAUUCAUGAAGUUUUUGGAGUUGAGAUUCCAGUCAUUUGAGGCCUUAGGAGCCAAGUCAUACGCAACAAAACAAAUUUCCAAAAAAGAUAAUAAUUCCCACUCAUUUACUGUCAUAGAUGGGGCAAAAUGUGCAAUUUGCCAUAACACAAAAACAUGUUAUUCCCGAGGUUGCAGAAAAUGUAACAAAAAACAUAACACCUUAUUACAUGAUGAUUAUAAGGUAGUUCAAAACAAACCACAAAUCAAUACAACAGUUAAUAUGGCAGAAGACAACAGCAACAAUUACGUUUUUUUGGGAACAGUGCAAGGCAUUGUGUUAGAUAAACACAAUAAAGAAAUUGAAUGCAGAAUUUUAUUAGAUUCCGGUUCUCAAAUCAAUUUCAUCAGUGACAGAUUAAGAAAAAGAUUGCAGCUGGAACCAUCAAAUCAAGGGCUUUCAAUUUACGGUAUUGGAAAAACCGAAGUAGAAUCCAAAGGCAGAGUAAACUUGACAAUAAAUUCAAGAAUAAAUAACUUCUCAACAAAUAUCGAGGCAAGAGUGAUUAAAGAAAUAACCAGUUUGCAACCACAGAGAUUUAUAAAUAUUUCAACUUGGAAUAUACCGCAGAAAGUACAGCUACCUGAUCCCAAUUUUAAUAAUCCACAAAGGAUUGAUGUUCUAUUAGGUGCGGAAAUGUUUAGCGAAUUAUUAGGGGUAGGGCAGAUAAAAUUGAACAAACAUUUGCCCAUGUUUCAAAAUACUGUAUUUGGCUGGAUAGUUAUUGGAAAAGUGCACCAAGAAGUUCCAUUUGCUGGAGUAUCUAACAGUGAAUUAGAAAACCAAUUGCAAAGAUUUUGGAAAUUAGAAGAUAUAGACACAGAUGUAAAUAUGAAGCCAGCUGAUGUGAAAUGUGAAGAAUAUUUUGUGAAUACAUCAGAGCGAGAUCAAGAGAGUAGAUUUGUAGUGAAUCUGCCUAUUUUGGGAUCCCCAGGGGUGCUGGGGGAAUCCAAAAAUAUUGCGUUUAGAAGAUUUCCGAACCUUGAGAAGAAAUUAGGAAGGGAUGUAAGACUCAAACAACAAUAUAUUGAGUUUUUAGAAGAUUACUUGAAGCUAGGACACAUGAAAGAAGUAAAUGAAGUUGACAUUCCGCAAAUACACUACUUUAUGCCUCAUUAUGGCGUGUGGAAACCGGAUAGCAGUACUACAAAAUUAAGGGUUGUAUUUGAUGCGUCAUAUCAAAAUUUACAAAUGAUAAUGUGGCGUUCAGAUCCUAGAGACAGAAUUCACUAUUUUAAGCUAACAACAGUAACCUAUGGUACGAAGGCAGCACCAUAUCUGGCUACUAGAUGUUUGAAACAGUUAUCAGCAGAUAAAUUUAGUCAGUACCGAUUAGCAGCAAAGGCUAUCAAAGAUUUUUAUGUAGACGAUGUUAUUACGGGAUGUAAUAGUCUUACAGAAACUACUGAAUUGAAAAAGCAGUUAAUAUUAAUGUUAAAAACAGCAAAAUUCCAUUUGCAUAAGUGGUCUUCAAAUAAUGACAAAAUGAUGGAAGAUGUUGUUGAAGAAGAUCGAGAAAAAGAAAAGGUUUUUGAAAAAGAAGAACCCGGUUACAUUAAGACUUUAGGCUUGGCGUGGCAACCCACAAAUGAUCGAUUCGCUUUCGAGACAUCUGUUUUAGAAGAUUCAAACGAAUUGACAAAACGAAAGGUGGCAUCAGAAGCAGCUCAGCUCUUUGAUCCUUUAGGAUUGGUGAAUCCAGUAAUAGUUAUAGCCAAAAUAUUCAUUCAAAGGUUGUGGAUAAUGAAAAUCAAUUGGGAUGAAGAACUCAGUCAAGAAAUGCAAAAUGAAUGGACGAAUUUUAAACAUGAAUUAACUCAUUUAAAUCAACUGAAAAUAAAUAGAUUUGUUUUUAGUAACAAUGCAGUUGUGCGAACCGAGUUACAUGGAUUUGGAGAUGCAAGCAAGAAAGCAUAUGGAGCGGCUCUGUAUGUAAGGUCAAUAGAUAUCCAAGGAAAUAUUAAUAUUAAGUUGCUGUGCUCAAAAUCAAAGAUAGCUCCAGUCAAAUUACUAACGAUUCCUAGACUGGAACUUUGUGCGGCAAUUAUGGUGGUAGAAUUGGUGUCAAAAAUAAAAAAGGCGUUGGAAGUAACUAUUGAUGAAACUUAUUUAUGGACAGACUCUCAAAUCGUUCUUUCAUGGAUAAAAGGCGAACCCAGUUCAUUUAAAACUUAUGUGGCACAUAGAUUGGUUGUUAUACAUGAAAAAUCAACAAUUAAUCAAUGGAAUUAUGUGGCCACAAAAAAUAAUCCAGCAGAUAUUAUUUCCAGAGGUAUGUCAGCAAGCCGAUUAAUUGACUCUGAACUUUGGUUCAAGGACCAAAGUUCUUAA